AUGCGGCUGGGGCGGGCUUCACCUCGCACCCCCACCCCCCGGCUGCAGCUGAUUUGUUGCAAGCUCACGUCAGAUAAAAUCGAAGAGGCACAGAAAGAGCUGAAAGAGCCCAAAGGCUCACAGAAAGGGAUAUCUGAAAGCAGCCGCAGAAAUGCAGAUAGCAUCAAAGGCCUGAAGAGGAAAAAGGUUGUUGCAGAGAAUCAGCUCAAGAAAAUUCCUAAAUCUCCGGUGAAGAAGCCCCUGCAGUCGAAAACAUCUGAAACUGUGCUUCACGGAGAUUCAUCGAAGGAAACUACACCUUCUUGCUCCUCCUCCUCAAACAGUCCUUCCCACAAUCCUUUGACAUCACCCGGGGGUGUAAGAGACCCACAUGAUGGCUCACCAGUUGCAGCAUCCCCUGGUGAGGGGUCAUCUUCAACUGAUGCUGAAAGGCUGAAGCAGGAAGAAACAUCUCCGAGGCCACCAUCGCUAGAGACCACUGAUGUCGAGGAAGGUUCUCUGAUUACUGCCAAGGUGUCUCAGCCCGAAGACAUCAAGAGCGAAGAUCCCAGCUUUGAGGGAGACCCUUACCACAGCAGUGCUCCACUUGAUGUUCUUCUUAAGGCCAUGGAGCCUGACUUCAGUUCGCUGGCUGAGAGGAAAUAUGCCUUGCAAGUCACAGCCAUUGGAAAACCAGCUUCCAGCCUUCAUGCUCAAUCGAGCAGUGAAUUAAAUGCAAUGCCAGCUGUCAAUGUUGGUCUCCAGACCCAAACCUCUCAUAUGCAGACUUAUUAUAUUGACAAACAAGGGAACUUUAUUGGCAUUGCAGCACCACUGCAGAGGAAUGUGCAGACAUCCACACAGGGUACACCAAUGCAGUCGUCCCCACUGGUUUCACCACAAUUUAUGCAUGUAUCUUCGAAUCCUGAAAAGCCUGCCGUGCACAUGAGCUUCAAUUCUGGACCACCCGCCAUAACUCAUGCACCUGUACCCUCAGGCUCCAACGCUUUGCCACAAAGCCAACCACCUGUUGUGCACACAUGCCAAUCCAUCUCUGCAAGUGUUCCCAGCACCAUUCAGGUCCCAGUUACACCUGGCAGCAACCAUGUUCAGAUGGCCACUGUCAUGAACUUUGGUGCUGAGCAAGUUUCCAAGGACCAAAAGCCUAAAAAGCCAGGAAAAUACGUGUGUGAAUACUGCAAAAGGGCAUGUGCAAAACCCAGUGUGCUGCUCAAACACAUCAGGUCUCACACAGGAGAAAGACCAUAUCCCUGUGUUACUUGUGGUUUCUCAUUCAAAACCAAGAGCAACCUGUACAAGCACAAGAAAUCACAUGCUCAUGCUAUAAAACUGGGUCUAAUUGCACGCUCUGAAUCUGGAGGUGGAUCAUUAUCUCAAGAAUCUGACAAAGCCCUUGGGACACAUUCAGAUGUGGAGGAGAGUGGUGACAGUGAUGAGGAUAGUAGCACUGCAGACUUGGACCCUGACUCAUCGCAGGGCUUUGUGGCAGCUUUGUCUGAAAACAGUUUACAGAACGCAGGUACAAACCAAGCAAGCCAAGGGGAAGUCGAUUUACCAGCUGUGUUUGACUCUGUCAAACAAGCACAUGGCCAGAGGGCUCAUGAGUCCAAAGUGACAGCUGCACUUCCAAAAGUUGUUGUAUAUCCAGUUAAUGUCUCCCCUCUGAGGGCAGACAGUCCAAGAGUUGCAGGUGCUGCACCUGAGCAAGCUGCUGCACAACGGCAAAGAGACUUCCAGACUGCCAACCUGAGAUCAAGCAUCACAGUCCUGUCAUCUCUGAAAGAGGUGGACGGUGCAAAUCUUUCACUAGAUACUGUGAGUGAAGAUGAAGACCAGCAGUGCAAGUCUCCACUAUUAGGUGGACACGCUCAGCUUCAGAGGCAGCAAGCAACAGACUUUUCUCAACAGCAACAAGCUAAGUUUCUACUGAGCCCCCGCAGUCUGGGAAGUACAGAUUCUGGGUAUUUCUCACGCUCUGAAAGUGCUGACCAGGCCAUGAGUCCACCCAGUCCUUUCGUAAAGAUAACUCCACCGGUAGAUAUUGACAUUGCCAAGAAUACUCCUCCAAAUCUCCCCCCUGUGGUUGCCACAGUAAUGCAUGUAGCAGCUGAGCAAAAGCCACGGGCCACAGUUGGACAGAUGCGUCCACCGUUAGAAGCCAAAGCACUUUCUCUGGAGGAACGGAUUUCAAAAUUAAUAUCUGAUAAUGAGGCAGUAGUUGACAACAAACAGCUGGACAGUGUAAAGCCAAGGAGGACGUCUCUCUCAAGGAGAGGAAGUAUAGACUCCCCAAAAUCAUACAUAUUUAAAGACUCUUUUCAGUUUGAUCUUAAACCGAUGGGAAGAAGGUCGAGCUCCAGUUCAGAUAUCCCCAAGUCCCCAUUCACCCCCACAGAUAAAUCUAAGCCAGUAUUUCUUCUCUCUGUACCUUCUCAAUACCCACCAAUGGAUUGUUUGCCAAUUACGAGGAGUAACUCUAUGCCUACGACACCUGGACACUCUGCUCUUCCUCUUAAUGUUGCUCCCCUCCCCCACCCUUUGCGAAUCUGUCAAUCAUUUGAUGAAAAAAUUAGUUCGUUGAAUGAUGAUGUCUUUUCGUCAGCCCCGUCAACCCCAAAUCCAGCAAUACAUUCUCGUACAUUAGUCAGACAAUCCGCUGUGGAAGACUUUUCCACAAGUGAAGGACAUGGCCUCCCUACAGUUCGCUCCAUGGAUGAGGGCUAUCACGGUCCAAGCAGUUCCACUGAAGUGAUGCCAAGAAGCAGAUCUUUUGAGCAUAACCAGGACAGAAACAGAAAGCCUCUACAGAAUAAAGGCACAAUGUAUGAGUGUGAAACCUGUCGUAACCGGUACCGAAAGUUAGAGAAUUUUGAAACUCACAAGAAGUUCUAUUGCUCUGAGCUUCACGGCCCAAAAAACAAGCCACAUGCUGUUAAAGAAACAGAUCAAGAUGUUUUUCACGUUAACAUACAGCAGCCUUUAGUACCCAGAUCAAGUAUCCCUGGUGUUCCAGGAAUACUUGAUCAACAGACAUCUAUUAGAAAAAGAAGGAAAAUGAAAAGUGUCGGAGAUGAGGAUGAUCAAUCUCCAACUGACACCAUUCCACCUUGUUCUGUAACUUUUGAGCCACCUGCAGCUCUGGCAAGUCGGACUUUUUCUCAGCAUGCUGUAAUAGACAUACAGCCCAAAAACAAUCAGCCAAAGCUACCUCAGAUUCAGCUCAUAGCAAGAGGUAUAAAUACUUCAGAUUCCAGACUGUCCCCAAUACGAGAGACCCAGAUCAGCACUUCCACUAAAGGAGAUCUGCAAAGGCAAGGCAGUGGUACGUCAGUCAUCAGACACACCAACUCUCUCAGCAGACCCAAUUCGUUUGAAACAGAAUCUAUUGACAGGGCCUCUCCUGUUGAUAUUAUGGAGAAAGAUCCCCCGAACAAACUCAAAAUAGAUGCAAUAGCAAAUGUCUCAGCUGACGGCUACCAUGAAGAAAUAUCCAAACCCAAGAGUACUGACUAUGGAAAACAAAUGAAGGAGCAAUGCACUGAUUGCACAGGAGCACCAGUUGGCGAAAAUUCCACUCCUGUUCAUCAGUCGCGUUUGGUUCGUCAAAAUAACAUUCAAGUUCCUGAGAUUUUGGUCACAGAGGAGCCUGACAGAGAACAUGAGACACAAAUAUCUGAACCAGCAGAUAAACCUGCAGAUCAAUUCAACUGGCCUCAGAGAAGUGAGAGUUUGUCAAAGGUACCAGCAGAGAAACUGCCGCCGAAAAAGAAAAGAAUUCGUCUUGCUCAAAUGGACCAGUCCUCAGGUGAAUCCAGUUUUGAGUCCAGCCUCUCACGAAGCCUCAGCAGGGACAGUAGUCUCUCUCGUUGUUCCAGCAUCUCAGCGUCUUUUGACAGAGAUGAAACAUCUAGGUCAGAGAGUCCAUCUAGAGGGGAGUGUGUUGGCAAAAUUCCUGAACCUCAAGGUUUGCCAACAGCCUUCAAUACUCUCGGUGUUCCUGGAAUGAUGAGGCGUGCUGCAUCUGAACAGAUCACUUGUACUCAACCCUCUGUGGAGAUUUCAUGUGACUAUCGCAGCAAGUCUUUUGACUGUGGCAAUGUAUCUCCCAGCAGAUCUCUGUCACCCGUUGGCCAGCCAAGAGGUGGAAAUAUCUCCCACGUUGCCCAGGUUCCACUUAUUGAAAGGAGGCGGGGGCCUUUAGUUCGCCAGAUGUCAUUAAAGAUAGGCCCAGAGACUCAGCAACCUGUUCGCAAAGCAGUUAUACCUCUAGAUAAACCUCUAAUGACAAAUGUUAGCUCUUUAACACAGAAUAGAUCCCAGCAGAUUCACAUUGCCAAUAGGCGCCCUAUGGCUCAGCCUUUUAUCCUUCAUAGUGGUGAACCACCGUUACAAAAUAAUGAACAAAUAGUGCAAAGCAUUCAUUUGGGAAGCCCAACUCAACAGCCUCAAGUCCAUGGCCUUCCACACCCUUGGCAUCAAACAUCAAGGGUUCAAGUAUGCCAAAAGGUACAACCGCCGCUGAGCCAGAUCUUAGUUUGUCACGAGAAUCUCCAAAACAAACCGGCUGAUUCUGAAGAAAAGAAAUCUUUUGUGCCGAAAUACCAACUGCAGUGUCCCGCUCUGAGAGCAAGCCAAACAUUUUCAUUCUCCAGCACACAGAGCACUCAGAUAGCCUUGCCAGUUUUAACGAUACCAAUUGCCAAUCCGAUUUUGAGUAUUUCAAAAUCAACAGAUGUAAUCCAAAAUGUAUAUGUUACUCAACCCAAUCAACAGGCCUCUGAGAUUAAGACGCAAACUGUAGUUUUGUCGGGUAAACAGCAAAGAAACCCGUUUGAUCAGACCCAAGCUGGUGCUAUACCACUGCCACAGAUCCUGAUCACUCAUGAGCAGAUGCACCCUGCUCCCUCUGUGUCCAGUAAAAAUAGCCUCUCAUCCACACACAGUGUAGACAGCGAUACUCAUGCUGUACCAACGGCAAAGAAGGAUACAAGGAUUCAAACUGAAACCAUUAACACUCACAACCACAUCGGAGAACGAGCUCCUUCUCUUGGGCCUCUACAUUGCACACAGAAAUUAGCAUCAGUAACUCUAUGCCCUCAGCAGGAACCUACUGCUUCAAGUAAACGAAUGCUGUCGCCUGCCAACAGCUUGGACAUCUACAUGGAAAAGCACCAAAAACGGGCUAAGGAUGAGCACGGUGUGGCCUGUCUCACUGAUGGCAGAUCUGUGAAUUAUCUUAAUUCCAAGAUGUCUGAGGUAACCCGGCAGCGGAAGUUUACACUCGUGAGGCAGGUUUGCACAACGGAACCAGUGGACAGUCCCAUUGAAACUGAGGCUCCACCCCUGCCCCAGAUUAAAACAGAUGGGGUGAAGGACUCAGAGGCUACUGAUGACGUCAAACCUAUGUCACCUGACAGUACCGGGCUGGACAAAGACACAAGCACAGUUAUUCAUGAGGCAGUCGCUGCCGUGAAUGCUACGCCUGGUAGCCAGGUCAUCUGCACUCCAGCUAAUGAUACACUGAGGCUCCAAGAGAAAGCUGAGGAUCAGAGGUGGACCCCUGCUAAAUGUCCUAUUAAACCUUCCAGUUUCCAUGGGAGUCAGGUGAAACUGACCACAUCUGUGUCUGUGGUCAACACGAAGGACAGUCACCGCCUGUCUUUCCCAAGCCUGAAGACUGCCACCACAUUCACAUGGUGUUUCUUAAUGAAGAGGAAACCUCUCCAUGUUCCGCAGACUGACCUGAAGACAUCAGCAUACGCAGCCUGGACUGUCAGCUCAAAUAACCCUAACCCACUCGGGUUGCCCACGAAGGUGGUCAUGUCGCUGUUUGACUCCAAGCAGAGCUCCAAGAAAAUACACUACACCUCGGCCAUAAGAACCAGCGGAAAAUCAGAUUCCCUGUCUUACUCUGCCAAGCUGAAAGACAUCAUGCCCAGGGUGCCAAUAACCCAGAGGUCCGUGUCACCCAGAGGUAAAGUGCAACCAGAAAAUCAAACCAGCAACGACUCAGACAAAGACUUGGUGCCUAAAACGGAGCCAAGACGGGUCAAAAUAUUUGACGGCGGAUACAAGUCUAAUGAAGAGUAUGUUUACGUACGUGGGCGCGGACGUGGUAAAUACAUCUGUGAGGAAUGUGGGAUCCGCUGUAAAAAGCCCAGCAUGCUGCGCAAACACAUCCGCACCCACUCUGAUGUCCGGCCGUACCACUGUGUCCACUGCAACUUCUCCUUCAAGACAAAAGGAAAUCUGACCAAGCACAUGAAAUCCAAGGCCCACAGUAAGAAGUGCAUGGAGAUGGGGGUCCCUGAGGGUCUCAUUGAGGAUCUGGACGCAGAGGAUUCAGGAGAUCGCAGUCAGGUGAGCAGUGCUGACCGUCAAGACUCAGACGGCGAUGACUCCGACGGCCCAGACGAUGAGGAGAACGACGAGGAGGAAGAGGAGGACAGCCAGGCGGAGUCUGGCCUGUCCACCAACCCGUCUGUCUCCGCCAGCCCGCAGCACAUCCCUUCCAAGGAGGCUGAGGUCCCUCCUAGCGCCCUCCUUGCCCAGAUGUCCAUCAGCUCAGUGUCCCUCCCUCUGUCCCUGCCUCCAGCCCCUGAAUCCCACACAUCAGACUCAGAGUCCGUCCCCAUGAUGAGCCCUGUGUCCCUCAGCAAGCAGAUCUCCAUCUCUGGGUCCUGCUGCAGCUCACUGCCCCUCCCUUACUCACCUCCGCCUGUUGCCACUACAUCAGAGUCCUACACCUCAGACACAGAGUCAGUGCACAUGAUGAGCCCAGUGUCACCAUGCAGGCAGAUGUCCAUCGACUACCCCGACUUUGACGUGCCCCCUAGUCCCCCAGUGGCAGGAAAGGGCUCCAUGCUAGGCCAGGACACCUCCGCUACCCCUCCUGCUGCAGUGACCACAUACCCGGGCAUACCAGUGGACCGGAGCACUCAGACGUCCUCCUACGCGUCUCAUGGCCCUGCCCUCUUUCCGCCGCAGGGUCUUUGCCAAACACUAGGAACAGAGACCCAGACCCACCUGUUCAGUCACCUGCCCCUGCACUCCCAGCAGCCGUCUCGCUCCUCUUACAGCAUGGUCCCAAUCGGGGGGAUCCAGCUGGUGCCCGCAGGCCUGGCAGCUUACUCCGCCUUCGUACCGCUCCAGACGGGCCCCGUCCAGCUCACCUUCCCAGCAAUGAGCGUCAUUCACAGGAACACAAGUCCGUUACCAGCUCCCCACACUCCACCCCAACCGGAGGGCUUGCAGACCCAACCGCUCGUGGUCCAGGAGCCAAUCAGCAGCGUUGUCCCCUGCUUCCCCCUUGGGCAGGUCGCUGGCCUGCAGGCUCAAACAAUACAACCAGUGGGUCUGGAGACACUUAACCUCAUGGGGCUGACCAGCGCAGGCCUGACAACCACCCAGCUGCUGCCCCAGCAAGGGCUUACGCUCAACGCCACCCUCGGGCUGCAGGUUUUAGCUGCCAACCCCUCCUCCCAAAGCAGCACCGGCCCCCAGACACAUGUCCCAGGUCUGCAGAUAGUUAACAUCGCCCUGCCUGCCAUCAUUCCUUCUCUCAGCCCGCUCUCUACUCUCAGUCCUCUCCCCGGAUCCUCUGAGAGGCAAAGCAGCCCCGAAGCUCCGGGAGCACAGUCAUCUCAAAAUGAACACGGGCUUAGUUCUUUGCGGAGCUGCAUGACCACCUCACCACCCGCCCCCGUGAAGGUCAGCAGCUCCCCGGGACUGACCGCAGGCAGCAGGGCGAGCCCCGGAGGCAUCAGCAGAGCGGAGCUGGUACAGACUGUCGAGAGGGAAGAAAGGGAGAAAUCUCCACAGCAGCCUCUGUCGCCUGCUCCUGAGAGCAGAGCAGACAGUGCUAAGGAGUCACCAGUUGAGGGCGCUAGUGAUCCUGCACCUCCACGACCACCGCCAGUGACCAGCUGGCAGAAGGUAAUUGAUGACUAUAAUGAGGUGUCCAGUGAUGACGAAGACAGACUUGUCAUUGCCACCUGAAAAAAACCCAAGUGGAAACGCUCUUCUUGUUCUCUUUUUGUAAUUCUCGUCACUUUGUAAGACUGAAAACACUUUUCAGGGGUUUGUUUCUUGACAAAUCACCUUUCAAAGCACAGAUGCUGACAUUCAUAUUGUAUGUGCAAUCACAUGAUAAUUAUUAUGAUGACCAAUCGUUUUAUUUUUACUGUUUUUUUUUUUGUCAGCUCCACACAUUUUCUUUUUUUUGUACAUGUUGUAUAGACAAUUGUGCCUUUAUGGAGUUUCUUGUUUAGGAACCUGUACAUAAUUCAUCAUAAAUUCAGUAGUUGCUUGUGUUUAUUUCAAAAAUAUAGAAGUGAAAAAAGGCAUAACGAUGGAGAAUAUCAAUUUUAUUUUGGAGGAUGUCACUCGUAAAUAUAUGGAAUUAUAAAUGUUGUACUGGUAUAUGUACAUUUCUAUGGAUUAUGGGGCAAUGUUUCUGUGUACAGAUGUUGUGUUCAACUAUUUAUUAUAAUCCAUCUAGUGCCCAUUAUGAUUCAUAAGUCCAUAGGUAUGUGCAUUAUAGUAGCUUUACAUUUCUGUAUCAAUAUUCUUAACUGUAUCAGUAAAAAUUUGUUUACAAACAAUAAA